AUGAAAAAGGAAGAAGAAAAUAUUAACAACAACACAAAAGAACAUAUAUACAACAAGAUAAAAAAGAUAGAACCAGAAAAUAAUAUUUUGGAGGAUAGAAUAUAUUAUCAUAUGAGUAAGGAAUAUGAUGAAACUAUUGAUGUUAUGAAAGUGACUGAUAAUAUAAAAAGUAUUAAAGAAAUGAAAAAUAAUAUGCCAUGUAAUAUUCAUGUAGAUGAUAAGACAUACAAUAAUUUAUAUGGAAACCAAAAUAUUAUUAUAAAUAAAAAUAAUAUUUUAUCAUAUUAUAAGAACCAAAAUGAUAUAGACAAAAAUGUUUUAAAAGAAUUACAGAGAAGAAAUACAGAAUAUAUAAAUGAAGAUAUGAAAUAUAUAUCAACAAAUUUUAAUAUGAAUCUAGAAAAUAAUUAUAUACCUCAUCCACAUUAUAAUGGUAGCAAUACAUAUCAUAUGUGCAAUAAUAAUAAUAAUAAUAAUAAUAAUACAAGUAAAUAUUUAGAUUAUAUAAAAUUUAAAAACACGUUUGAUAGUAUUACAAGAUAUAAUGCAAAUGGAAAUAUACAUAUGAAUGAACAAGAAAAUAAUAUGUAUGAUAAAAUUAAUAAGAAUUAUAUGUUAUUAUUAAAUGAUGAGGAAUUAAAAUGGGUAAGAGGAAAAAAUAAUUUCUCUGAUACGAUUAAUACAAUUGACGAUCAGAAGAAAAUUAGAAAUAAUAAUAGUAUUUAUUGUAAUAAUAAUAUUUAUAAUAAUAUUUAUUGUAAUAAUAAUCGAGAUGUAUAUUCUUUAGAAAAUGCAUGCAAUAUUUUAAAUAAUAACAAAAGAGAAUAUAAUAAUAAGAAUCCAUUUACAGAUAAUAAAAAUAUAGAAUACAUAUCUAUGAUACCUGACAUACUUAAAUCAUAUAAUUCAAUAAAUGAUAUAAUAAAAUUUGAUGACCUUUCUUUAUAUCAUGAUAAAGAUACAAAUAAAAUAAAUAUAUAUAAUAAUCAUAUAAAAGAAGAACAAAAUAAUAAUGACACUGAUAUUAUAUAUGUUGAGAAAAAAGACAAAUAUAUUUUAUCAAAUAAUAAUAUAAAGGUUUUAUAUAACAAUCAAAGAAAUAAUUAUGAUCACAACCUUUUUAAUAAUUAUAAACAACAAGAUGUUUCAAAUGAUCAUGAUAUUAAUAUACAUAGUAAUCAUCAAAAUAAUCAAUCCCAACAAAUAUUUAAUAACAUGAAGAAAAAUAAUAUAUUCUUAAAUAAUUAUAAUAAUGUGGGAGAUAAUAAUAAUAUAUUGGAUGAAAAAAAUAGAAACAUAUUUGGAAAUGAUAAAAAAUAUUUAAAUGUGAAACAAUCAAUAAAUUUAUAUAAUAAUAAAAAUAUAGAUACUAUCAGCAUGGAUAAAUCAAAUGUAUAUGAUAAAUUUAAUAUAUCCUUUAUGAAUAAUAUGGGUUCUACUUUUUUUAAAGAUGUGGCUAAUAAUAAUAAAUUGAACAAUAAUUAUAACAACCAUUUUGAGGGUGAAAUAAAUAAUAAAGCGACAAACGGAGAUAAUACUAACAUGAAUAAUAUGAAUAAUAUGAAUAAUAUGAAUAACAUGAAUGAUGUGAAUAAUAUGAAUGAUGUGAAUGAUGUGAAUAAUUAUUAUUCCAAUAUUUUUAAUAGUCAUAUACACUCUUUAAAAAAUCCAAACGAUCAUAUCAAAGAAAAAGAAAUAAACCUAUCACCUCAAAGAUAUGAACAAACGGCAUUUAACUCUUACACAGAUGUAAAUCAAUACAUUAAUCAAUACAUGAAUCCACAUAUGAAUACACAUAUGAUCACUCAUACAAACCCUCAUAUAAAUAAAAACAUAUUAAAUGAAGAACAAACAGAUGUGACAUAUAAUUCUUCAAAUAUAAUUAAUUUGGAUGUAUCAAGGAAUGGAACUUAUUUGAAUAGGGUUCAUAAGAAUGAAGAUCAGAAUUAUAUUAUAAAUAAUAAUAAUAUUUUAUUAGAAAAGCAUAAUCAUAAUGAGAAUGAUAUUAUAUGUAUAAACAACAACAAUGAUAAUAUUAAUAGUAAUAAUAAUAAUAAUAGUGAUUACAUUUUGAAUAAAGAAGAUAUAGGUCAUAUGAAUCAUGUGUCUAAGAAAAAUAAUAAAAGUAUAAAUAAUAUAUAUGAAAAAAUUCCAGAGUGUAAUAUAGAUUAUUCUCUUAAAUCAUAUAAUGUCUACAAUGAAAAUAAAAUUCAUAUGAUUCAUUCAGCAAGUGGAGUAUCUCAUGAUAGUGAUAACAUAGGAAAUAGAAUUGUCAAAAAAAUUAAAGAGAAUAAUAAAAAUAAAAUUAAAAAUAAAAAUAAUAAUAAUAUAAAUAUAAAUAUAAAUAACAAUAAUAAUAAUAAUAAUAAUAAUAGUUAUUAUUAUGAUUAUAAUUCUGGUUGUUGGGAUGAAUCGGGGCUAACACAAAAUAUAUCCAAUAAUAAUAAUAAUAAUAAUAAUUAUUAUAAUAAUAAUAAUAAUAAUAAUAAUACGUGCGAUAAAAUAAACUAUAAUAUUAAACUGAAUAAAUCUUAUAAUAAUGAAGAAGAUUCCAAUAAAUCUAUAAUUUAUAUACUACAAAAUAUUCGUUUUUAUAGUAAUAAAGUUUAUAAUGAUAUAAUUUUAAAUAUUGAUAGUUAUAAGAAAAAGAAAAUGAAUGAAAUAAAUAUAUAUUUAUUAAAAUUAAGAUCUAAAAAUUAUAAUGAGUUUUUAUAUAACUUAAAUAAAUUUUAUGAAAUAAUCCUUAGUAUGAUAAAUUCUUAUUAUGUAUGUAAAUAUAAUUCUUCAAUUAUUUAUAAUAUAUGUGUUGUUACAAGAAAUUUAUUAUCAUUAGUUCAUUUAGGUUUAUAUAUUUUUUAUAUUAUAAAAACAUGUAUGUGUUGUAUUAUUAAAUUAAUAUUAAUGAAACCUGUAAUUGUAACAGAUAAAGCAUGGUUCUUUUUAUUAUACUUUUAUAAAUGUCUUUUUGAAUAUUUAUAUCAAUAUUUUAAAUUAUAUUUUAUAUAUCCUAUACAAAAUGAAAAAGAAAAUAAAAAAAAUAUUUCUUCACUUGCAAUAUUAUUGUCUUUUAUAAAUAUCUUUAAUGAAACCAUAGCUCAAUAUUCAAAGAUUAGAGUUAUAUCUAGAAAUAAAAAGAAGGAAGAAAUUAUUGCAUAUCCAUUAUUUGAAUCCUUAAAACCUUUCUUAUUUAUAAAUUAUAUGCAUCAUAUAAUAAAAUUAAAUAAUAUACAACAUAAUAAUGAUGAAAUAAAUAUAUUGAAUCGUGUUGGUAAUCACACUGAUACAUGCGAACAGAUUGACGAUGAAAAUAAAAGCAAUUUGAUGCUUGAAAAAAAUCAUGAUUGUUAUCACUUGGAUUUUUCUAAAGAUUCUUAUUAUGACAACAAAUAUAAUGAAAAUAAUAAUUGUGAUAAUAAUAAAUGGGAGAUAUAUUAUGACGAUACAUAUUGUUAUAAACAUGAUGAGAAUAAUUCAGGUGCUUUACAUCUAUGCUCAGAAUCAAAUGAUGUGGAUGUUUUUUUGUCGUCAGAAAAAAAGAAUAAAAAAAAAAAAAAAAAAAAUCGAGAUAUAACAUGGAUAUAUGAAAAUGAUAUGAAUACAUGCAAUGAUAAAAAUAAACAAAAAAAUAAACCAAAAAAUAAACAAAAUGAUGAUAAUAAUGAUGAUAAUUUUAAAGAUAAUUAUAAAGAUAUUCCAUUUAUAUGUGAUCAAAAUAAAUGUAGUGAGUUAUACAAUAUAGGAAAUAUAAAAUAUAUGAAUAAUAUAUAUUUAAAUGAUGAUAUUAAUACAAAUAUAGAAAAGAGCGAUUCAAAUAUUUUAUCUACACAAGAUAAUUAUGUUUAUAAAAAAAAAAUAGAAGAUGAAUUAAUACUUUCUAUAAAAAUAAAUUUAUUAUAUGCAAUACAUAAUUUGAUAAAAAUAUUUUCACAUGUAUAUAUAAAUGACUGGAAUAAAAUAUUAUAUUAUUAUAAUGAAUCUAUAAAUAAAUAUAUUCCAAUAUUUAUGUAUAUAAUUUACUAUGAUAAGAAUCAAAAAAUCAGGACAAAUGCUGUUCUGUGUUUAAAAUAUUUAUUUGAAUGUAAGCAAAUAAAAUAUAUAUUCAUGUUGAAAAAAGACAAACAUGAAACUAUAGAAGGUAUGGAAAAUAAUGAUCUUAAGGAUAAUAAUAUAAAUAAUGAAGCUAAUAAAAAAUACACAACAAAUUUUAUGAACACAGAACAUAUUAACAAUAUAGAAAUAACAAAAAAUAUAUUAACAAAAAAUAUAUUAACAAAUAAAACAUUAACAAAAAAUAUAUUAACAACAAAUUCUAUGAUGAAUAAGGAAAAAAAUUUUAUUCAUAAUAAUAAUAGUAGUAGUCUUAUAGAAUCGACACAUAAUAUAAAAUCUUCUAUUUAUAACAAUCAGAGUGUUACACAAAAUAAUAGUUCCUUUUUUGAAGAUACUACAAAUGUAGCUAAUGAUUCAUGUAUUAAAGAGAUAUAUGAUGAAAAUAUUUUAAAUUCUGUGCCUAUGGAAGUGGAAACAUCUGACAAAAAUAUAAGAAACAAUAUGAAUACUGCUAUUAUAACUGAAGAUUUAACAAUAAAAAGGAAUAAUCUCAACAACAUAAAGAAUAUAAACAAUAUAAACAGUAUUAAUAGUAUUAAUAGUAUUAAUAGUAUUAGUAGUCAUUGUGCAAUCCCUUUUAAAUUAAACUCACAAGAAGAUCUAACUAUAAAUAGUAUUCCUUAUGAUAAUUAUAAUAUUUUUAAUAAUAUAUUACUUUUAAACUAUAAAAAAAAAGACGAUAUAUUUUUUCCAAAUAUUAUAUGUGAUAUGAAUAAUAUGAUUAAUGAUAAUAAUAAUAAUAAUAAUAAUAAUAAUAAUAAUAAUAAUUAUAAAAUGAAUCAGACCGAAAAAAAUAUAAUUUUCAUCCUUUAUAAUUUAAUCAAACUUAUUAUUAUGACAUAUCAAGAAAAUAAUAAAAACAAUCUACACUCUUCUAUAGAUAGAUUAAAUAUAUAUCGCUUCUUUUUAAGAGUAGCUCAAUCCAUAUCCAUCACAAAAUAUAAAGACAUACUAUUUAUAAUUAUGAAGAUAUUUUUUUUUUAUUUGUUGAAAUAUGUUAUUUAUUUUAAUAAUGGAGAUGUAUUUUAUUUUUGUAUACAAAAAAUGCUUCAUAAUAAAAAGAAAAAGACAAAGAACCCCCCAAAAAAUUGUGAUAACAAUAUAGAGAAUAAUAAUAAUAAUAAUAGCAACAAUAGCAACAAUAGCAACAAUAAUAAUAACAACAAUAAUAAUAAUAAUAAUAAUAAUUGUCAUAUGCACAAUUAUUCUUCAUUAAAUGACGAAGUAUUUAUAGAUCAUUUCUUAUAUAAUGAUGAUAACAGUUAUGAACUUGACUUUUUUAUAAAUGAUAAGAAUAAAAAGAAACAUAUGAACGAUAAAUAUAAUAAGAAUAAACAUGUAAUAGCAAACAACAUGAAUGAUAAUGAAUUUAAUAAUUUAGAUUCUAUAGAAGACGAUGAACGUAUUUUUAUUUCUCUAAAUAAUUAUUUAAAAAAUUUAAAGUUCUCUGAUGAUAGUGAUCAUAUGUAUACAACAGAUGAAGAGAAUAAUAUGAAAACAAAUCAAUGUAAAAAUAAUAAUUUUAAUUUUAAUACAUAUAAUGAAGAAAUAAAUAAAAUGGAAGAAACAAAAAAUAUUAAAUUGAAAUUUUUAGAAUAUAUAUCUUGUGAUUGUUAUAAUUUAUUAGGUGAUAAUAAAGACACAUUAUUAAAAAUAAUGAAAAUGGAAAAGAAUAAAAAAAAAAAAAAAAAAAAAAUUAUAAGUGAUAUAAACAAUAUAAGUGAUAUAAACAAUAUAAGUGAUAAUAUAAAUAAUAUAAAUAAUAUAAACAAUAUAAAUAAUACUCAUAAUCCUCAUAAUAUUCAUAAUGAUGUUAAUUUGUUAUAUAAACAUAUUGAUCAACUAAAUAAAAAUUUGUUUACUAAUAAUGAAUACUAUGAACUAUUAAUAAAUAUUCUUUAUUCAAAUGAAUAUUCAAAAAAUUCAAAAUAUAUAUGUACUAUUACUGUUAUAAUUAAUAUAUUUUCUGUCUUAUUGUAUGAAUAUAAUCAAGAUGUGUUUCAUUUCUUAUGUUCUAAUGUUUAUGGUCAUAAUAUAAAUGAAUAUUAUAAUUAUCAUAUUAUAUAUUGCCCUGAAAUUAAAGAACAUUAUGUAUAUAAUAUAUCGUUUGCUCAAUUGAUAUAUUUUAUGUUGAUAUUCUUAUAUAAAAUAUUUUAUCAACCUAUAAAAAACACAGAUACAAAACAAAGCCAUAUGACAAAUAAAGAUAGUUCAAAUAAUAAUGUUUUAUAUGAUAUUCCAAAUUAUGGUGCAAACAUUGGAUCUACUAAUCAGAAACAUAUGAAUUAUAUAAAUGAUAAGAAUAUGGUGCAAGAAAAUAUGAGUAAAAAUAUAGAACGUUUGCAUAAUAAAGAAAAUAAUAAUAGUAGUAAUAAUAUCAUAGGUGAAACAAAAAAAGAACCACUUAAUUGUUACAACGAAUUAUAUGAUAAUUAUAUAUUAUCAUAUAUAAAAAGCGAAAAUAACGAAAAAAAUAAUAUAAAUAUAUGUGAAAGGAAUAAUAUAAAUAUAUGUGAAAGGAAUAAUUCUAUACCAUAUGAUAUACAAAUAUUUAAAAAUAUCUUUUUAGUUUUUCAAAGAACAUUAAAAUAUUAUUUAUUCUGUUAUAUGCAUUGUUGGAAGGAUGUAAAAGAUUUGUUAGAGUAUUUCUUACAAACUGAUAAUAUUAAUAUAAAAAUUAUAUCAAUCAAAAUUGUUAUUGAUAUAUUUAUAUUUAUAAAUUCUUACUAUGACACUUAUGAAGCAACACAUGAUAAUGUUUCAAUAAAUAAUAAUAAAAAUGAAGAUAUAUAUAUUGAACAACAUUAUGACAAUGCCUUGAUGACAAAAGAGUAUCAUAUAAAUAAUACAUCAAGUAGUGAAAUUAAAACAAAAAACAAAAAAAACAAAAAAAACAAAAAAAAUGAAACCCAAAAGAGUAACCAUAAUAGUAGUAAUAAUUUUUAUUAUGAUCAUAUUAAUAAUAAUCAGGAUGAUAUAAAAACAUUCAAUAACGAAUUAACAAAGAAAUAUUGUAAAAAUAAAAAAAACGAUUCUGAUAAAGAUAGUUCUCUCCAACUAUGUGAAGAAAAUAAUCAUAAUGAAUAUUAUAAUAUAAAUCUAGAUGGGAACGCAGAUAUAACAAGUCAUUGGAAUAAAAGUAAAUCAGAUAGAAGCACAUGCAGCUCUUCUCAUUCUAUAAAAAAUAUAGAAGAUACAUUAUCAAAUAUUUCGUUUUCAUCAUCAUGCGAAAAAAAAAAAAAAAAAAAAAAAAAAAUUAAUAAAAAUAAAAAAAAACAAAUGGGUAGUAGCCAUAUAAGAUCUGAUGGGAAGGAUUCUAUAGAAGAUGAUGAAAAUAUAAGAAUGAAAAAAAAUAAAAAUUAUAUAAAAAUAAAAGAAAAUAAAGUAAAAAAACCACUUCAAAUGAAUGAACCACUUCAAAUGAAUGAACCAUUUCAAGUAUAUAAUACAAAUAAUUUAAAUACUCCGAAUGAUCAAUAUUAUCAUAUGUCUUCAUAUAUAAACCAUUACAAUGAUGAUGAGAAAAAAUAUAUGUUUAUUCAAAAUGUAGAAAAGGAUGUAAUUAAUUUAUUUAAAAAAUAUAUAUUAAUACAUAUAUAUAAUAUAAAUAAAAUACAUGAUCAUGUAAUUAAUAAAAAAAGUAAAGUGAAACAUAUAUUUUUAAAUACUAUAAUAUGUAUAUCUCAACUAACAUAUGAAGGUUUUAAAAUAUUAACAAUUAAAGAUAUAAAAAAACUAGCAGAUCUAGUUUCUUCUUGUGUUCAUAGUAUUAAAUGUAAUAUGAUAACUGCUUUAAGUAAAUAUAUAAUUAAAUAUAUUUUUAUGUUUAAUAAAAAAUUCAUACAAAAUUAUGAGAAAAAAAUCAAUAUCCUCUAUAUUAACUCUACAAAUAUAUAUUAUAAUAAUAUACACACGACUAAUUAUAAUGAUAAUCAAAAAUAUAAUUAUGAUGAUGAUUGUGAUGAUGAUGGUGAUAUUAAUUGUAAUAUUUAUAGUAAUUAUAGUAUGAAUAUAAAAAGUUUUAAUAAUAUACAACAUUCAAACUUUAUUAAUAACAAAGAAUACAACACACUUACAAAAAAUACACACCCUUUUACUGAUAAAAGUAGAAAAGAUAUACACACUAACAACAUCAAUAAUAUGUGUUAUGAUAAUAAAAAUAAACUUAUGAACCCAAAACAAAAGAGUAAUAUAAAUAUAAAGAUAGAACAAAAUAAUAUCUUUGAUAAUCUUUUGAACGUUAAUAAUAUGAAUUUGGAAAAUAAAGAGAGAGAAAAGAAAAAUUCACAUAUUCAAUUAGAAGAAAAAAAUUCUUUUGAUUAUAAUAAUAAAUAUAAAAAUAUAAUAAAAAAUAUGUAUAUUAAUGAUCAAGAACGAGUGAAUAAUAUAGACAAUAAAAAUGAUAUUCUUCUAAAUAAAAAAAUUGAUAGUAAUCUUUUUCAUUUAUAUUCCUUAAAAAAAGAAAAUAUGGAUACCACAAAUGUAUAUAAUUCUAAUCAAACAUGUAACACAUUAAAAAGUGAAAAUAAUAUAAUGAAAAUAGAAAAUAUUCAAUUAGAUGAUAUAAAAAACAGAGAGUCCAUUUAUUAUAAUGAGGAGAAUAAUAUGAAAUCAAAUUAUGAAGAUUUUAAGAAUGAUAUUGAUAAAAAUUAUGAUGACAGAAAUGGGUCCAUUGAUAAUUAUUCACAAUAUAAAAAUAAAGACAUAAACAACAAAAAUAAUAAAAAAAAUAAUAAUAGCAACAAAAAAAAUAAUAGCAAUAGUAAAUAUUUAUUGGUGUAUAACUUAGAAAAACAGAAAAAUGAAGAGAAAUUAUUUGAAUUAUAUUAUAUAUAUAUCUAUAUUAUUUUACACAUAAUAAAUUUUUAUAAUGAUUCAUUUGUAGAUUUAAAAUAUUAUACUUACAAUUGUAUAUGUGAAAUAGCUAGCUCCUAUGUGCCCUUCUAUUUUACUCAUAAGAAUAUUAAAACAUUUUCUUAUUAUAGUAAUUACUCCAACAAACAAAAUAAUCAAGAUGUCAACAAAUUUAUAGAGUUUAUAAAUGACCUACAAAUAAAUACAAAUAUUAAUGCACUUAAAUUUUACGACAUAUUGAAUGUUAGAAGUAAGAAAAUUGAAUCUGAAGAAAAUACAGAUCACACAUACAACAUAAAAAAUAAAUAUAAUAAUAUAAAUGUAUCCUACAUUGACAAAGAAGAAAAAAAUGACAAAAAAAAAAAUAAUAAUUUUGAUGGUAAUAAUAUGAUAUGUGAAAUAGAAGAACAGAAGGAUGUAAGUGUAAAAACAAAUAAACAAUUUUCAAAAAUAUUUUCUUCAGAAGAAUUUUGUUCAAAAGAUAUUUUUUUAAUUUCAUACAUUGAAUAUAUAUAUAUCUUAUUAUUAAUUAUAAAAGAAAAAACGAAUACAGAAAAAGAUAGAGCUAUAUGUUGUAUUAUAAGAUAUAUAGCUUUUAUAUGUAAAAAUAUAAAUUUCUUUUUAUUUAAUUCUAUAAAUAUUUUGCCAUCCACAUUUAUGAUUAAAUAUUAUUUAUAUUUAAAUAAUGUCAUUCAUAAUAUUGAUAUGUCUAAUUUUUUUGUGACUCAAGGAAAGAAGGAUUCUAUAGAGACUAACACAUCAUCUGAUCAUUCAGAAUAUUAUAAUAAAAAUCAUGUUUAUAAAAAUAAUUGUAAUAGUGUAGAAUGUGAAGAAAAAGAAAAAAUUAGUACUAAAGAAAAGGAAGACUAUAUAUGCAUGAUGUCUAAGAAGAUAAAUGAAGAAACAGUGGAGAAUGAAAAAUAUAUACUCACAAAUAAAAGAAGUACAACAAAUGUGUCGACAAAUAUAAAUCAUAAUCAUAGCUUGUAUUUAUAUAAUAAUAAUAAUAAUUUUGAAGAGAAUAAAAAUAGGGUCAAUUCAAAUAAUUUAUUAUCUGUAGGUUUAUUAAAUGAGAAAAGAAAAUAUUAUAAAUUAUAUCAUUUAUUUUUAAAUGUAUAUAUAAAAUAUGAAUAUAAAUUUGAAGAGUCUUAUUUUUAUGAAGAUGACAAAAAAGAAAAAAGAAAAAAUAAUAACAUGUUAAAGCAAGACACAAAUGGAAAGCAUAAAAUUUUUGAAUCAUAUUCAGAUUUGAAGGAAUAUGAAAUACAUCCGCAUCCUAUAAUUAUUGAAAUGAUUGAUAUAUAUCAGAAUGAUAUAUAUAAAUACACAUCUGUAAAGGAUAAUAAUAAUAAUAAGAAAAAAAAUGACAUACAUAAUAAUAAUAAUAAUAAUAUUAAUGACGUAGAUAAUAAUAAUAUCGAUUCUUUUGAUGAUGAUGAUAAUAAUAAUAAUGUUGAUAAAAAGAUUAUCUUAUAUUUAUUAUCAAUUAUAAAAGACCAUAUAAAGAAUAAAAUAACAUGGAAUGUAUUAUAUGCUUUAAAAUUAAUAUAUAAUAAUUUUUCUUUUUUCUUUUCAUAUAAUUUUUAUAAUUUACAUAAUAGAAUAUUAGAUAAUUUAAUAUAUACCUUAAGAAACACCAAUGUAUAUAAAAUAAAAAUACUAUCUUCCUUAGCUUUAAUACAUAUACCUUUAUAUUAUAAUAUUCAAAAGAAUAAAUUAAAAAAUAUGUGGGAAGCAAUAUUGAUAAAUAUAUCUUUUUUUGAUGAGCAUGUAAUAAAUGAAAACAUAGUAAGUCCUACACAGGAUGUACAUAAAGAAAAAGACAAUACAAAUAAUAUGGAUGAAAAAAUAUAUGUUAAUAAUAAUAUGAAUGAAAAAAUAUAUAUUAAUAAUAAUAUGGAUGAAAAAAUAUAUAUUAAUAAUAAUAUGGAUGAAAAAAUAUAUAUUAAUAAUAAUAUGGAUGAAAAAAUAUAUAUUAAUAGUAACGUUCAAAAUAAUAUCAAGACAUACAACAACUAUAUUAGUAUGAGUAAAAAAACAGAAUAUAAAUAUAAAUGUACUUUAAAAAUUAAUAUAUGCGAAUUAUUAUAUAUAUGUAUAUAUAGAUCUUAUAUACAUGCUAAUAUUAAUACAGAUAUACAAAUAGGAAAUAAUAAUACACAUAAAAUUAAUUGUUAUGAAGCCUUUAAAAAAUAUACACACAUUUUUAAUAUUAAUAAUGAUAUACAUAUAUAUAACAUGAAUCAUAUUUUUAAUAAUCAUAUUAUAUAUUAUUCUUUUUAUAACGAUAAAAAGGAAAAAUAUUAUCAGCAUAAUGAUAAUAAAUAUAAUCAAAUGAACAUUAUAAAUAAUAAGAGUAAUAACAAUAUUGAUAAUAUAAUAAGUGAUCAUAAUAAUUAUCAUCAAACAUAUGAUAAUAUAAAUAAACAACAUCAGGAGAAUUAUAUGGACAAAAAUUAUUAUCAUAAUAAUACAUGUGAUAAUUUAAAUAAAGAAAAAAAUUUAAAUAUAUAUGAUGAAGUUUUAGAAUUUAGAAUAUUCCUAUAUUAUCAUCUAGAUAAAUAUUAUCAUAUUUACAAAAAUUUAUUAAGUAAUAAUAAAAAUUCUAUAUUUUUAAAUUUAUUUAUACAACUACAUGCAGAAAUAAGAGAUUCUUUAAAAGGGCUAAUAAAUAAGGAUAACUAA